UUUGGCUUCGGUUUCUCAAAAAUUAUUCAAAAUUCAUCCGUACGCAGGAAUUGCUUGCCUGAGGGCAAAACCACCUGUAUGUUCCCUGUCGAGCCUAAGAUAUCGCUGCUAUGCGAGCAAUUGCAAAAAGAAGAAGGAACCGCCGAAGUUCCGGCUGGACCGCGGACCCUUUGCCUCCCAGUUGGAUUACCAGUCGCGGCUGCAGUACCAGGCACCUGCUCUGAGUGUUCCCCUCAGCGGCAUCAUAUGCACCAUUGGGCCCUCAUCCAACUGUCCGGAAGUGCUCCUGGAGCUCAUCCGGGCGGGGAUGCGGGUGGUGCGUAUGAACUUCUCUCACGGCACCCACGAGUACCACUGCCAGACGAUUCAGGCGGCUCGCAAGGCCAUUGCCAUGUACGUCGAGCAAACGGGACUGCCCAGGACAGUGGCCAUUGCUCUGGAUACCAAGGGUCCGGAAAUUCGGACGGGCAAGCUGGCCGGUGGCAGUGACACCGCUGAGGUCGAGCUGAAGCCCGGGGACAAGGUCACUCUGAGCACCAAGAAGGAACUGGCAGAUAAGUCCACCAAGGAGACCAUCUACGUGGACUAUCAGCGAUUACCAGAGCUUGUGAAACCCGGAAAUCGGAUCUUUGUGGACGACGGACUGAUCGCCCUUUUGGUUAGAUCCAAAGGGGAUGAAGUGGUCUGCCAGGUGGAGAACGGUGGUAAGCUGGGCUCUCACAAGGGAAUCAAUCUGCCAGGCAUUGCGGUGGAUCUGCCCGGCGUAACCGAGAAGGAUAAGCAGGAUCUCAAGUUCGGGGCGGAGCAGAAGGUGGACAUGAUCUUCGCGUCAUUCAUUCGCGAUGGAAAGGCUCUGAAAGAAAUUCGUCAGGCCCUUGGACCGGCGGGUGAUAACAUAAAGGUCAUCUCCAAGAUCGAAAACCAUCAAGGCCUUAUUAACAUAGAUGAAAUUAUCCGAGAAUCCGAUGGCAUAAUGGUGGCCCGAGGUGAUAUGGGUAUUGAGAUCCCCACAGAGGAUGUUCCGCUGGCCCAGAAAUGCAUCGUGGCCAAGUGCAAUAAGGUCGGCAAGCCCGUCAUCUGCGCCACCCAGAUGAUGGAGUCGAUGACGGCGAAGCCACGACCCACACGUGCUGAAGCCUCGGAUGUGGCCAAUGCGAUCUUCGAUGGAUGUGAUGCUGUAAUGUUAUCGGGUGAGACCGCUAAGGGCAAGUAUCCGGUGGAGUGCGUCCAAACCAUGGCCAGGAUCUGUGCCAAGGUCGAGGCUGUCUUAUGGUACGAGAGUCUGCAAAACAGCCUUAAGAGGGAAAUUCGGACGAGUGCCGCCGACCAUAUUUCGGCAGUGACCACAGCCAUCGCGGAAGCGGCUACGGUGGGUCAGGCACGGGCCAUCGUGGUGGCCAGUCCGUGCGCCAUGGUGGCCCAGAUGGUCAGUCACAUGAGGCCGCCUUGUCCCAUAGUGAUGCUCACGGGAUGCCAGUCCGAGGCGGCCCAAUCCUUGCUCUUUCGGGGCAUUUACCCACUGCUCGUCGAGGAGAUGGUCAUUGGAAGCCUGAACUUUCGACGCAUCAUGCAGUCGGGCCUGAAGCUGAUGGGCAAGAUGGACAUUCUUGAGCCGGGCCAAAAGGGAUCGGUGGUGUUGGUUAAUGCCAUGUCCGCGGAAAAGAUCACUUUCCGGCUUUUCACCAUCCGUCAGCAGACCAAAGAGGAGCGGGAUCAGGAGGAGCGAUGCCGGAAAUUGGCUUUGGAACAGCGCUGCAAUGAGAGGGCUGAAAAGGAGGCCUGUAAAAAGCAGAAGCUGGCGGAUGAAUGCCGGAAAAUGCGCGAGGCGGAAGAAUGCAAGAAGAAACAACUGGCCGAAAAAUGUAAAAAAUCCGAGGAAAAACCAGCCGUGUGCCCGAAAAAAGAAUGUCCCAAGAAAGACGAUGAGAUUGCGAAAUGCAUGCAGAUGGAGAUAGAGAGAAAACGGAAAGAAGAAUCUGAAAAGUGUUGCAAAUUAGCUCAGACGAGAAAAAACGCAGGGAAGAAUUUGAGCAAAUGCAAGAAAAACAAAGAGGAGGCUGAGAGUUGCAAGAAGAAAGAUGAGGACCUCAAGAUGAUUGAGGCGGAAGUGGCCAAAUUAGAAGCUGAUGAGAAGGCCAAGCGUUUAAAGGAGGACGAGAAAAGGGAAGCGGAACUUAUAAACUGCAAGCAAAUAUGCGAGCAAAAAGAAAAGAAAAAACUGGCUGAAAAGUGCAGGAAGCAGGAGCAUGAAAAGAAAUUGGCAGAAAUGGAGAAGAAAUGGAAACAGGUUGCGGCCAAGAGAAAGCAGAAAAGAGAGGCUGAGCUUUGCAAGAAAAUGGCUGAGGAAAAGGUUUUAAAAUCCGUGUGCAAAAAGCUGAAGGAAUCUCUCACGGAUCCUGACAAAUCCAACAAGGGCUAAAAAUAGGCUUAAAUUCUAAUAUUCUCAUUAAAACUACACA